UGGCGGAGGUGGCCUGACUUCACAGGACACAGUCAGUCAACACUGAGACAAAGUCCACUUGGGUGGGUCGGGAGCAGGCACAGAGGGCCAUUUGAUUCUGUGGUCAAAGGAAAUGACUGGUCUGAAGCGGCCUGUCAGCCUGAGCAGCCAGGUACCGCGGCCCUACUGGGACUGCCCGAGGGGUCUAAGGAUAACUCUUGAGACUGUGGUGAUUCUCACAGAGGACCUUGAGAUUUCUGCGCUCUGAUCCAUGUCAAACACUGCUGAAUUUACUCUGAGACUCUUGCCCUAAAGGAUGGCCAAAGGGCUCCUGGUGACCUAUGCCCUCUGGGCUCUCGGGGGUCCUGUUGGACUCCACCACCUGUAUCUGGGAAGGGACAGCCACGCCCUGCUCUGGAUGCUGACCCUGGGGGGCGGUGGUUUGGGCUGGCUUUGGGAAUUCUGGAAGCUCCCAGGCUUUGUUGCUCAAGCCAACGGAGUCCAGGCUCAGAAAUGGAGGCCAGGAGAGGGGAGGCCACCUCUGAGCGUCCUUCGCUUUGCUGCCCAGAUGACAGUGGGUAUCUAUUUUGGUCUCGUGGCUCUGAUCAGCCUCUCUUUCAUGGCCAACUUCUAUAUCGUGGGCCUCCCACUGGCAGUUGGCUUAGGGGUCUUGCUGGUGGCUGCUGUUGGUGACCAGACCUCAGACUUUAAGAACACCCUAGGCGCAGCCUUCCUCACGUCUCCUGUGUUCUAUGGCCGCCCCAUAGCCAUCCUACCCAUCAGCCUGGCUGCCAGCCUCACGGCCCAGAAGCACCGCCGAUACAAAGCUUCGGCCGGGUCGGAGACGCUCAGCGUGCGGCUCUACCGCGUGGGCUUGGCUUACCUGGCCUUCACGGGCCCCCUGGCCUACAGUGUGCUCUGCAACACAGCCGCCACCGUUGACUACGUGGCGGAAACCCUGGGUUCCUUCCUGAGUUGGUUCAGCUUUUUCCCACUCGUUGGCCGCCUUGUGGAGUCUGCCUUGCUCCUGCCUUGCCGCAUCUGGUGGCUACUGGUUGGGGAUCCCAGCUUCAACGGUAGCCAGUUCCAGGAGUGGGAGAAGCUCUAUGAGUUCGUCCACGGUUUUCAGGAUGAGAAACGCCAACUGGCUUACCAGGUUCUGGGCCUUCCAGAGGGGGCAACCAACGAAGAAGUACACCGCAGCUACCGAGACCUGGUAAAGGUCUGGCACCCGGACCACAACCGGCACCAGACAGAGGAGGCCCAGAGGCGCUUCCUGGAGAUCCAGGCUGCCUAUGAAGUCUUGAGUCAGCCCAAGAGGCCCAGGGCAUCCUGGAGGUGAACAGCAGCAACUCCUGGGGGCAGAACAACACUCUUAUCAGCAGCACGCUCAAAACCCGGGGACCCAACGUGUCAAAGAAGCUGCUUGCAGCGGAGCCGGAAACUCUGAAGGGAGGAGAAAGUUUGUGGUAGAAAAUAUUUAUGCUCUGAAUUUCUAAAUCCACGGCUGCUGUAUUCUUGAUUGUAUUCUGUUAAGACCAUACAGUGAAAGGAAUAUUAUAAAAUCAAUAAAAUGUCUUCCAAAGAGA